UUUAAGGUUUCAAUAACCCUGAAAGUUAUUAAUGGACUCUACUGCGGUGUGUCUACACAAGAAUUGGAUAACUUGGCCGCGGAAAUUGCAGCCAGUUUAACAACCCAUCAUGCGGACUAUGCUCUUCUGGCGGCAAGAAUCGCAGUUUCCAAUCUUCAUAAAGAAACUAAAAAAGUAUUUUCAGAUGUUUUUGAAGAUCUUUUUAAGCACGUGAAUAAAGAAACAAAUUUGCCUUCCCCUUUGGUUUCUGAAUAUCACUACAAUAUUGUUAAAAAUAAUUCAGAUCGCUUAAACUCUGCUAUUAUAUAUGAUCGCGAUUUCGGAUAUAACUACUUUGGAUUCAAGACACUUGAGCGGUCGUAUUUGCUAAAAAUAAAUGGAAAAAUAGCAGAAAGACCACAGCAUUUGCUAAUGCGUGUCGCCAUAGGUAUACAUGGCGAAGAUAUUGAUUCUGCAGUUGAAACCUACAAUUUGCUAUCUGAGCGUUUUUUUACUCAUGCAUCACCAACUCUUUUUGCUGCAGCCACAAAUCGUCCACAAUUGUCUUCAUGUUUUCUUUUAACUAUAGUGUCUGAUUCAAUUGAAGGGAUUUUUAAAUCAGUUGAACAAUGCGCAAUGAUAUCAAAGUCGGCAGGUGGCAUUGGACUUAAUGUUCACUGUAUUCGAGCUAAAGGCACCUCAAUUUGUGGAACGAACGGCACUUCAAAUGGAUUAGUACCAAUGUUAAGAGUAUUUAAUAAUGUCGCGCGUUAUGUUGAUCAGGGCGGUGGUAAAAGACCUGGAGCAUUUGCUAUAUAUUUGGAGCCUUGGCACUCAGAUGUCUUCGAAUUUUUGGACCUUAAAAAAAAUACUGGAAAGGAGGAGCAUCGUGCACGCGAUCUUUUUUUUGCAUUGUGGAUACCUGAUCUUUUUAUGAAACGUGUUGAAGCUAAUGAAGACUGGUCAUUAAUGUGUCCACAUAAAUGCCCUGGCCUCCCAGAUGUUUGGGGUGAAGAUUUUGAAAACCUCUAUAUCAAAUAUGAACGAGAGGGACGAGCGAAUCGAGUUAUUAAGGCUCAAUCUCUUUGGUUUGCCAUCAUUGAAUCUCAAGUAGAGACUGGUACUCCUUACAUGUUAUUUAAGGACUCUUGUAACAGAAAAAGCAACCAACAAAAUGUUGGAACUAUAAAAUGCAGUAAUCUGUGCACAGAAAUAGUUGAAUAUUCGGCACCAGAUGAAAUAGCUGUGUGUAAUUUGGCGUCUAUCGCACUUAAUAUGUUUGUGACGCAGGAGAAAUCUUAUGACUUUAAAAAGCUUAAAGAAGUAACUAAAAUCGUUACGAAAAACUUAAAUAAAAUAAUUGAUAUAAAUUACUACCCUUUGCCAGAAGCUAAAAAAUCAAAUUUACGUCACCGUCCUAUUGGUAUUGGAGUCCAAGGGUUUGCGGACGCAUUAAUAUUAAUGCGGUAUUCCUACGAAAGUCGUGAAGCAUUUUUAUUAAAUCAGCAGAUUUUCGAAACUAUAUACUAUGGAGCUUUGGAAGCCAGCUGUGAAUUAGCUCAGAGAGAUGGACCAUAUGAGACUUAUGUUGGCAGUCCAGUAAGCAAAGGAAUUUUGCAGUAUGAUAUGUGGAAAAAAUCACCAACAGAUCUUUGGGAUUGGAAUGCUCUUAAAAAAUCUAUAGCGCAACACGGUGUCAGAAAUUCUUUACUCAUCGCUCCCAUGCCUACAGCAUCCACUGCGCAAAUAUUGGGCAAUAAUGAGUCGUUCGAGCCUUAUACUUCAAACAUUUACACAAGACGAGUUUUGUCUGGCGAAUUUCAGGUAGUGAACCACCACUUACUACGUGAUUUAACUGAACUUGAUUUGUGGGAUGACGAGAUGAAAAAUCAAAUAAUAUCAAGUCGUGGUUCAAUACAAAAUAUUGAAUCUAUUCCUAAAGAAAUUCGUGAUUUGUAUAAAACUGUGUGGGAAAUUUCAGUCAAAUCAACUAUAAAAAUGGCGGCUGAUAGAGGAGCGUUUAUUGAUCAAAGUCAGUCUUUCAAUAUUCAUGUAGCUGAACCCAAUUAUGGAAAAUUAACGUCAAUCCAUUUUUAUUCAUGGAAAGCGGGUCUUAAGACCGGCAUGUAUUAUCUUCGCACAAAACCAGCGGCUAAUGCUAUACAAUUCACUGUAAAUAAAAAUAUAUCUGUCCUGGAAUCUAAUGGUCAUAGCUCAUUUGAAAAAAAUACUUUAUUAAAAGUAGAUAAUCCAAGCGAGUCUGAUAUAGAAAGAGAACGUAGAAUGGCAGAUAUGAUUUGUUCCCUUGAAAACAAAGAUGCCUGUUUAUCUUGCGGAUCAUGAAUUCUUUUAUAAGUAAAACAUCUAUUAAUA